AUGUACGUAACUGAAUAUGUUCAUAUCUAUCUAUGUAUCUAUCUAUGUACCUAUCUGAAUAGGUUCAUAUCUAUCUAUGUACUUUCAUAUUCUAUCUCUUCGUAUUUAUUUAUGCACCAAUAUCUAUCUCUUCGUAUCUAUGUAUCGAUCUCAAUCUCUUCGUAUUUAUCUAUCUAUCAAUAUCUUCUUAUCUAUGUACGUAUAUCUUCGUAUCUAUCUAUGUAUCUGUAUCUUCGUAUUUAUCCAUUUCUGUAUCUCUUUGUAUCUAUCUAUCGAUCUCUAUCUCUUCGUAUCUAUCUAUGUAUCAAUCUCUCUCUCUCUCUUCGUAUCUAUCUACGUAUCAAUCUCUCUCUCUUCGUAUCUAUCUAUGUAUCAAUCUCUCUCUCUUCGUAUCUAUCUAUGUAUCAAUCUCUAUCUCUUCGUAUCUGUGUAUCGACCUCAAUCUAUUCGUAUCUAUCUAUGUAUCUAUAUCUUCGUAUCUAUCCAUUUUUGUAUCUCUUCGUAUCUAUGUAUCAAUCUCUCUCUCUCUCUCUUCUAUAUAUAUCAAUCAAUCUCUCUCUCUCUCUCUCUCUUCGUAUCUAUCUAUGUAUCAAUUUCUCUCUAUCUCUUCGUAUCUGUGUAUCGACCUCAAUCUCUUCGUAUUAA